CGUGCGCGCGGUGUCCCCAUUUUUUGUGGGCGAGUGGGAUCGAUUCGGUGUGCGGUGGGGCGACUCGCGUUGGAUUCUGAUGCGUCAGACAUGCUCGGCAGGCAGCCCUUUCACGUGAGGAGAAUCGUGGCACAAGGAUGCUUCUUCUACCUAAAAGUACAAACGACCCAUUUACAAAAUGGCUGGGUGGUACCCCGUACCCUCUCGAAAGCAAUCGGCCACCUUGAAGUGUGCGGGAAGGGGCAGGUUCGCUGCUGUCAAGCAACCAGUCAUCCCGCGGCCCGCGCAAGUGUGUCGGAGCCCUCCGCCGAGAUGAUGCAGAAGCUGGACGACCUUGGAGUGGAUCUCGCACUCCACAGGCAGGCACUCGGCGUUCUGAAGAAGCUGAAAGGCAGCGUCGACUUGAUCGAUUUCCUCAAGGGCAAAGGGGCCUCUCAGCAGGUGGUGGCCAGCAUCGUGUGCAGGUAUCCGCGCUCCCUCAGCCGCUCUGCCGAACACCUGGAGGAGCGGUGGACGCUGUGGAGAAAAUUCUUCAACUCCGAUGGAGACGUCCUCAAAAUCGUCAUGCGCUCCCCGGAGGCCUUCUUCCGUUCCUCGGACAACGCCACGUUGGCGGAAAACAUCGAGUACUUCACGUCGCUGGGGCUCGCCAAGAAGGACAUUUUGCGCAUUUUCUCCACCGCGCCCAGGGCGUUAUCCAACACCCCGGAGCUCAACAAGCAAAUGGUGGACUUUUUGAAAUGUACCUGCGUCUCGCUGGGAGGUGGCGAUCCCGACAUUUUUGUGCAACAGAUCAUUUCGCGGAACGUGUACAUCCUCAUCCGUAGCACCAAACGGGUCAAGACCAACAUGGAGUUCCUGGUGAAGCGGCUUCAGCUCACGGACAAGGAGCUGCUCGGCUUCCUGACGGCGAACAGCACCGACGCGCUUGACAUGUCCAGCGAGAGCCUCAAGAGGAAGCUCGAGGCCUUCUGGAGCGAGUGCCUUAAGCAAGGCUGCAACGACCAGGAGGUGAAGGUGUUCUUCAAGAAGUACUCCUACUUCCUCUACUUCUCCCUGGAGAAUCUGCUGGAGAAGUUGCGUUGCUUGCUGGCCUCGGGUAUCACCAUCCACCAGGUGCUGGAGAGGCCGCGUUGCCUGGAGUUCAGUUUGAAGACGCUGAGCCACCGCUUGCAAGUCCUCCAGAGCGUUGGCUAUGACUUUGAGAAGCACGGCAUCAACAUUUUGAACAGCAACAAGUGUAAUUUUCAGGCAAAGUUCACAAGGCUGCAGCCGGAUGCAUCCUGACUGAGAAAUGAACAUCAGAGUCGGUGUACUGGAAUUCUUUUAAUAUUGACGCAUCGGUUAAUUUGCAGAUGAGAUGCCAGACUUGAAAACAUUUGUCGUAAAAUAUUUGCUAUAUUUACGACUUGGUUUCCGUGUUAUUUGAGCAAAGCUGCGUUGAAAAUAACCCUCAGAAUAGAGGUUUUGUGCUGAAGCAGUAAUUUUCAAAGGAAACUAGUAGCUGUGAAUUUUUUCAACUUAAAUAAAAUGUUUGGUCAAUG